ACGGCAACGGCAGGCACCUCUUCCAGCAAAAGGUAUCCAUGGGUUCCAGCGUCGAAAUGAAACUAAUUGCGGGCUGUGGCAUCAUCUUAGUGGCCUGCCUAUUAACGUCAGGUUGCCAUGGUGCUUCCGAUGCGAAGUCCCGGGCCGGCAGUGAUCCGGCACACCAUCCGAGAGGUGGACCGUCCCCGGUACCACGGUUCGAUACGAAGGCGAAAUUGGUCGGCUUCAACCGGGCGGUCGGUGAGCGGCUUCAGCGAGCCGAAACUGAUCUGCGUCCGUUGCAACGGCGCGCCGUACGGCUCGAGCGUCUCGUUAGUAACUUCCAGCACAAAAGACAAAACCCGCCGCUGCCGCUGCAACGGAAGGAUGCACGGCGGGACGCGGCGGCCACGAACCUCGAACGCAAUGGGUUGGUGCGCGAAGCCAAUCGGUUGCGGGCUGCCGUCGAUCGUAAGUUGCUCGGAUUCCGGGAGCUGGAUCGUAACUAUCGUAACGUUCGCCAGCUGCUACCGACAGCAGGGAGUAAGGGAGCGUCAGUCCAGGCAUUGCCGCGCGCUUGGCUCGAUCGUGACACCGAGCGGCAGAUGGAGCAGAACGAGCGCGUCUACAAGAACAUCAUUAACCUGCUAGUGCAGCUGAUCGAAGUCCCGGUGAACAUCAUUCACGACAUGAUCGGUGAUGGCGGAACGGGCGAGGAAGCCAGCCAGCCUUCCCAAGCGAACGGUACGGUGCUCUACCCGGACUACGGUGUUGGGCCAUUCACUGAACAAGCAACGCCGCCGCAUGACUACGCCUUCGAGUACGACGAGGAGGAACACAGUUUUCCCGAGGCUGCAAUCAAUGCAGUCGAUGGUGAAGCGGAAGGACCGGCCGACGUCGUACAGGACGCUGAAUGGGUGCAGUUUCACUACUAGCGAGGCUGGGCGAGCACAGGACGAUGGAGGGCAGCGGCAGGUGAUGGAUGGUACGGAACAGGUCGUGGAAGAUCCGGACUUGAUUACUGUUGGAGUUUCCUGGCAGCAGCAGCAUCGGCACACCGUCGAUACAAUGCUUAACGCAGCGAACCAUGUUUUCGACCGUGAACCUUCGCACGGCAACUAGACCUUAACCAGUGUGUUGGAAACCCCACCAGUGUUUGUGUGCUAUACCUUGUUUGCACUGACCGAAGCUUUAUAUUUAAAUGAAAAAUACAACAAUGCAUCCACGACGUAGAUGAAAUGAGCGAUGAAGAGCGAUGGGUUAUUCGUUAGGGAUGCAUUUAUGGAAGAAGAGAUUCUAAUAUAUUUU